UGCCGCGGCGCGUGCGUGCGUGCAUGGAUCCGCGCGUGGCCUGGAUCCAGCCCGAGCAGAAGGGACCGGCCAAUGCCCUGUGGAUGCAGAUCUGGGAGACGUCGCAGGGCGUGGGCCGCGCCGCGUCGGGCUUCGCGUCCUGCCUCGGCCUCAACUCGCCGGCGCUGGACCCCGCCGCGGCCCCGGGCCCGCUCCCGGCGCCAGCCCCGGCCCCGGGUCCCGUCCCGGUUGCACUGAGCGGCCCCGGCUCCGGGCCAGGUCCCGCCGCCGCUGCGCCCGCCGCCGCCGCCAACGCCCCCGCCCAGGCCGCGCUCGGGCCCGACGGCGCGCGGCGCCCGCACAAGUCGUCCUCGUCCUCGUCCUCGUCGUCGUCUUCCUCGUCGUCGUCGUCCAACGCCGAGUCGGGCGCAGACAGCCCCGGAGGCUCGUCCUCGUCCUUGUCCUCGUCGUCCGGCGCCUCGCUGCUCGGCCGGGCGGGCGGCGGCGGCGGCGGCGGCUUCUUCCUCUUCGCCGACGGCGCGGCCCGCGGCCCCGCAGCCCCCGCCGCUCCGGCCGCUCCCGCCGCCCAGUCCCCGCCGCCGCCGCCGCCGCCGCACAGCUUCCACCCCGGCCGGCGGAAACGCGACAACAAGGCCAGCACCUACGGCCUCAACUACCUGCUGUCCGGCAGCCGCGCGGCCACGCUGGGCGGAGGAGCCGGCGGGGAUCCCGGGCCGCAGGUGCCCCGGCCCGGCACCCCGUGGAAGAGCCGCACCUACAGCGCCGGCAUCCAGGGGCUGCACGAGGAGAUCAUCGAUUUCUAUCACUUCAUGUCGCCAUGCCCGGAGGAAGCGGCCAUGCGGAGGGAGGUGGUGAAGCGUAUUGAGACGGUGGUGAAGGACCUGUGGCCUACGGCAGACGUACAGAUCUUUGGCAGCUUCAGCACAGGCCUCUACCUGCCCACCAGUGACAUCGACCUGGUAGUCUUUGGGAAGUGGGAGCGGCCGCCCCUGCAGCAGUUGGAGCAGGCCCUGCGCAAGCACAAUGUGGCUGAGCUGGGCUCCAUCAAGGUCCUGGACAAAGCCACGGUACCAAUCAUCAAACUCACGGACCUGGAGACUGAGGUCAAGGUGGACAUCAGCUUCAACAUGGAGACGGGUGUACGGGCAGCUGACUUCAUCAAGAACUACAUGAAGAAGUUCUCGCUGCUGCCGUACUUGAUCCUGGUGCUGAAGCAGUUCCUGCUGCAAAGGGACCUGAAUGAAGUGUUCACGGGUGGCAUCAGCUCCUACAGCCUCAUCCUCAUGGCCAUCAGCUUUCUGCAGCUGCACCCCAGAAUCGACGCCCGGAGAGCCGACGAGAACCUGGGCAUGCUGCUGGUGGAGUUCUUUGAGCUCUAUGGAAGGAACUUCAACUACCUAAAGACUGGCAUCAGGAUCAAAGAUGGAGGUGCUUACGUUGCCAAAGAAGAACUGGUGAAGACCAUGACUGGUGGGCACCGGCCGGCCAUGCUUUGCAUUGAAGACCCCCUGCAGCCUGGGAAUGAUGUGGGCCGAAGCUCCUAUGGGGCCAUGCAGGUGAAGCAGGUGUUUGACUACGCCUACAUCGUCCUCAGCCAUGCUGUGUCGCCGCUCGCCAGGUCUUACCCCAACCGGGACUCGGAAAGCACUCUGGGAAGAAUCAUCAAGGUGACACAGGAAGUGAUCGACUACCGGCAUUGGAUCAAGGAGAAAUGGGGGAGCAAAGUUCACGUGGCACCUGACUUGGACAACAGGAUCAAGGUCAGAGAGCAAGGCCGCCCCUGCGACGGCAAUGGUGAGAAGAGCCCCCCAUGCCAGGACCCGCCCGAGUGUCGCUUCGGCCCACGGCUGCUACGCUCCCUGGCCAAUCACAAUCACCAGCUGCGAGCUCUGGCCGGUCACCAGCUGCUCUCUUCAGGCUCGUCUGCGUCCUCAGUGUCAUCCCUCUCAGGAAGUGACAUCGAUUCGGACACGCCAGCUUGCAGCACCCCCAGUGUAUACCAGUUUAGUCUGCAAGCCCCAGCACCCCUGCUGGCCAGUCUGCCCACCGCCCUGCCUGUCCCCAGUGGGAAGGGCCUUCCCUCAGCCUCCAGGACACUGGUCGUGACGAGUAGCUCACAGACCCGGUUCACAGUGCCUGCUCCGGCGCUCGGGGUAGGCCCUGUCCCCUGCAGGCAGGUGGCUGUGGAGGCAGCCCCUGCCCUGAAGGCCGUGCACCACGUGACUGCUCCAGCCCUGGCUGCUGCACCCGCGCCGAUUACCAGCCCACACCUCUACCACAAGCAGCACAGCGGCAUGAAGCUGGCCAUGAAAGGUUCCCACAACCACAGCCAGGGCGGCAGCUACAGCUCGGUGGGCAGCGGGGGUGUGCGGCCCCCUGUUGGCAGCCGUGGCCACCACCAGUACAACCGAACAGGCUGGCGGCGGAAAAAGCACACGCACACCAGGGACAGCCUCCCCGUCAGCCUCAGCAGAUAGUGGGCGCGGGCCGGGGCUCUGCAUGCUGCGGUGUGCUCCCUCGCUCCCUCACACCCGUUCGUCCGUCCGUCCGUUCGUCCGUCCAUCGCGAGGAAGCACUCACUGUCUGGCACUCUCUCUCUAGACUCUGACGUUGUGGACUCUGCUGGGGCCCUUGUGAUGUUGGUCCCCUGGGCGCUAGGCGUGGCUAGGAGGACAGCUUGGGCCUAUGAAGACUGUCCUGCCUCUCCGCCCUCUCGCUGCGUUGUCCUGUAAAUUCGGGGAAUUUAGGAUUUGUGCAAUAACUCAGAUAUUUUUUAUUUAAUUUCCUAUUUCACAUAAGUUAUAUUUAAGGGCCUAUGGGAUUUUUUUAAACGCGCGUUGGAACCUUUUCCCGAACCGCAUUUUCUAAGUUGGGAGCAUCGUGUGGGGUGGUUAUCGGAGGGGAGUCCGUGGACCACCUGCCGUCCGUCCUUCAUGCGGCCCAGGGCCGGGCUGUCCCCUGAGGGGACCCGUGCCCGAGUGAGCCUGACUGCGGCCUGGCCUGGUCUCAUGCCUCCUGUGGUGGAGUUUUAAUGUUUCGAAGUUUUCGUUCUUUUAAACUGACAACGAACGCCCGGCCUGCCGGCGCCCUGGUGCCCGGUUCCGGAGAAGGUGAGAGCGUUUCUGUUGAUUCCGUGCGGGAUCUGUCGCGUUUGCCUUCGUUCUGUGAAGAGCGACCUGGAAGCAGUAGCCCAGCACGGCUGCCCGUCCUGCUGCCCCGAGUUGGGGGUGCAGCACCGAGGUCUGUCUUGGGGGCUAGAGGGGCACGCCUGUACGCUCAUGGGGAGCGUCAGAGAAGCCUGCCCGCCCAUGCCACGACCCCGACGGCCAACGCAGGCUGGGGACCGGUGGGGAUCUGGGGUGGCCUCUGUGUAGAGUCCCGGGACAUUCCAGGGUAUGACCGAGCAUCUCUGUUUCUUCUGUCUCAUUCAGAAUAUUUAAAACUAUUUAAAUUGUGAGCUGGUUAAUAGUAUUUAUAAAGCAUCGGUAAACAAACAGGAACAUGGGUACAGUAUUUCCGUCAGACGAGGGUAUCGCUUGUAGCUGGUCACCAGGGGCCCAGUCGCUGUGCUGUGCUCAUGGGAUAAGGGAUGAAUGAAUUGACCUGGCAGCUCUAGGAAUGAUGUGUAGUAGGGGAUGCAUCAUGUUUUCAGUCAUUUGUGUACUAUAUUAACAAAACAGGAACCAGAACUGACAUAUUUUUAUGUAAAAUUUUUUCUAUUCUUUGAUUUUUAAUAAAGUUUGGGAACUGGG